AUGGCGGCCCUACAGACCACCACAAAUCCAGCCUCACGACAUCCCCUGGCAGUUGAAAGUAGGGAGAUGAUAAAGAGCUGUAAACAACAGAAUAAAAAUCUCUCCCUCUUCUGGAUAAAGGCCCACGCCGGACUGCCAGGAAAUGAAAGAGCAGACGAGCUGGCCAAAGCAGCUGCUUUAAAGCUGAAGAAAAGCCCGGACUACAGCCUGUGCCCCAUAUCCUUCGCAAAACGUAACAUUCGGGGAGAGACCAGGAAGGAAUGGAAUCAGCGAUACAUAAAUGGAGAAACUGCUUCGGUCACAAAGUUAUUCUUCCCGGAUGCACUGGCCGCGCACAGAAUAAUAAAGAAAAUGACCAUAGAGGCUGAAACCACUCAGCUCCUGACGGGACAUGGUGGGUUCUCCUCAUACCUGUACAAAUUCAGGUGUAAGGACAAUCCAUCGUGCACCUGCGAUCCGGGGGUUGAUGAAACGGUGCUGCAUCUGCUCUAG